AAACAUAUAAGAAAGUUCAACGAGAGAGAAAGAGAGAGAGUGUGUGUUACCAUUACCAACCAACCACCAUCACGAGCUUUAUACUUGCUCGGUGGUUCAUCCUCAGCCAUUCCAUUCUCCUAUUUAUCACUAUCUCUCAUCUCUCUCUCUCUCUUGUCUCCUUCAUUGUACUCUCCCACCAUGGCCAACACCGACCAGCCAACCACAGACUCACACGUAGCCGUCCUCGCUUUCCCCUUCGGCACUCACGCCGCUCCUCUCCUCUCCGUCACGCGCCGUCUCGCCUCCGCCUCUCCCUCAACACUCUUCUCCUUCUUCAACACCUCCCAAUCCAACUCCUCGUUAUUCCCCUCAGAUCUCCCAUCGAACAUCCACGUCCACGACGUCGCCGACGGCGUCCCGGAGGGAUACGUGUUCUCCGGGAGACCACAGGAAGCGAUCGAGCUGUUUCUCGUAGCGGCGCCGGAGAGUUUCCGGGAAGCGAUCGCGUCGGCGGAGAAUGACGCCGGUAAGAAAGUGACGUGCAUGCUGGCGGAUGCGUUCUUCUGGUUCGCGUCGGAUAUGGCGGCGGAGAUGAAGGCGACAUGGGUUGCGUUUUGGACAGCCGGACCAAACUCGCUGUCUGUUCAUCUUUACACAGAUCUCAUCAGACAAUCCGUACGUGUGAAUGAUGGGUGUAUGGAGGAGACACUAGGGUUUAUCUCAGGGAUGGAGAAGAUCAGAGUAAAAGACACACCGGAAGGAGUUGUGUUUGGGAACUUAGACUCUGUUUUCUCAGACACGUUGCAUAAAAUGGGUCUUGCUUUACCUCGUGCCGAUGCGGUUUUCAUCAAUUCAUUUGAAGAGUUAGAUAAUACACUGACGAAUAACCUCAAGUCCGAGUUCAAAAGUUAUCUGAAUAUUGGUCCUCUCGCGUUGUUAUCAUCUACAUCUCAAGCGGAUGCUCUAGUGGACGAUCCUCACGGUUGCUUGGCUUGGAUCAAGAAGCAGAGGACUGCUUCUGUAGCGUACAUUAGCUUUGGUACAGUCAUGACGCCGCCUCCCGGAGAGCUUGUGGCGAUAGCGGAAGGGUUGGAGUCGAGCAAAGUGCCGUUUGUUUGGUCGCUUAAGGAGAAGAACAUGGCUCAGUUACCAAAAGGGUUUUUGGAACGGACAAGGGAGCAAGGGAUAGUGGUUCCAUGGGCUCCGCAAGUUGAGCUGCUGAAACACGAAGCAACGGGUGUGUUUGUGACGCAUUGUGGAUGGAACUCCGUGUUGGAGAGUGUUUCCGGAGGUGUGCCGAUGAUUUGCAGGCCGUUUUUUGGGGAUCAGAGACUCAACGGAAGAGCAGUUGAGGCUGUGUGGGGGAUUGGAAUGACGAUUAUCAAUGGAGUCUUCACGAGAGAUGGAUUCGGGGAGUGUUUGGAUCGAGUUUUGGUUCAAGAUGAUGGUAAGAAGAUGAAGAGCAAUGCCGAGAAGCUUAGAGAACAAGCUCACGAAGCCGUCUCUGAGAAAGGAAGCUCCGUUGAGAAUUUCAAAGGAUUGUUGGAAGCAGUUGUGACCACUUUAAAUUAAAAACACAUUUUGUAUUAAUGGUAAGAAUAACAGAGUUAAAACAUUGUCAUGCACCUAAAA